AUGAUAGAUUUUCCUCCUACCACUCAGGAGAUCCAAGUUAUGGCAGCUGAAACCUGGGAUGUAUCCAUCAUGAUGGAAGCUCCUUCUGCAAAUUCAUAUUCUCUCCCCAAUGACCACCAAUCUGAACCUGCACCUCUCACUUUGUCAACUGUCGCAGAGCUAGACAUGGACCUGGCAACUAAUAUCAUCAGUGUUAAAGUCUCUAAACAAUCAGAGACUAUUGAAUGGUCUGAUGGGCACACCACAGUCCUGCCAUGUGUUUGGGAAGAUGGAGUAAAUAUAUGUAAGGAUGAGGUUACAUUCAUCAGAUUCCUCACUCAGCUUCCACAAACCCUCCCGGGUUCAGCCUACAUCAUCCAUGCACAGUAUUAUGAUUAG